UGGUCGAGCCGGUCUGUUUACAACACUCUCUCCCAGCCCAAGAUGUGUGGAAUCUUUGCCGUACAUGGUCUUGAAAAACCCUCCGUCGACAGAGCUCGUUUCAUCGCUCUGUCCAAGAAGCAGCGCCAUCGCGGUCCAGAUUGGUCCGGGUGCUACGUCGGGAAACAGUCUUGCCUCGUUCACGAACGUCUGGCCAUCGUCGGUGUCGACACCGGCGCUCAGCCUUUGGUGAGCGAGGACGGGAAACUCAUCCUCGCCGUCAAUGGAGAGAUCUACAACCACAUAAAAUUGAGAACCACAGUCAGCUCUGACUAUAAAUUCAAGACACACUCUGACUGCGAGGUCAUCCUCCCUCUCUACAAGAAACAUGGCACGGAGUUGUGCGGCCUCCUAGACGGCAUGUUCUCCUUCGUCCUCCUCGACGAGUCUGUCUCUCCUCCUCGUAUCAUCGCCGCUCGCGACCCCAUCGGCAUCACCACGCUCUACCAAGGUUGGAGCUCGCGGAGACCUGGCGCCGUCUUCUUCGCCUCCGAGCUCAAGGCCCUCGUGGAUGAGUGCGACAAAAUCAUCACAUUCCCCCCGGGUCACGUCUACGAUAGCAACGACAACUCUACGACGCGAUACUACACCCCUUCAUGGUGGGAUGGCGACUCAGAUGCACCGGACGCGUCAAUACCGACUAACAAGGCCGACCUCACGCUCCUCCGCGAAACCCUCGAGGCUGCGGUGCGGAAGCGGUUGAUGUCGGAGGUUCCUUACGGCGUGUUGUUGAGCGGUGGGUUGGAUAGCAGCCUAAUCGCCGCUAUUGCUGCGAGGGAGACAGAGAAAGUCGCACUUGCACAGUACGAGGCGCGGAAAAAGAAGCUGGAGGAGAUCCAGAACGGUCCGGCGUCGCCUCCAGGGGGUAUCAUCCCUUCUGUAGACGUCACUGAGGAAGCCACGCUGGCUGCCUGGCCUCAGCUGCACUCUUUCUCUAUUGGUCUCGAGAACUCCCCUGAUCUUAUCGCUGCUCGCAAGGUCGCCCACUACUUGGGCACCGUCCACCAUGAGUAUGUAUUCACCGUCCAGGAGGGUCUGGAUGCCAUUCCAGACGUAAUCUACCACCUAGAGACAUAUGAUGUCACCACCGUCCGGGCUAGCACGCCCAUGUACCUCCUCAGCCGAAAGAUCAAGGCGAUGGGCGUGAAGAUGGUUCUCAGCGGUGAAGGGAGCGAUGAGAUCUUCGGAGGCUACCUCUACUUCCACGCCGCACCCGACAGCAGAUCGUUCCACCAAGAAUGCAUUCGUCGUGUCAAGAAUUUGCACACCUCGGACUGCCUGCGCGCCAACAAGUCGACGAUGGCGUGGGGCCUCGAAGCACGCGUCCCCUUCCUUGACAAGGCCUUCCUGGACGUUGCCUUGAACACCGACGCUAAGGAGAAGAUGUUUAGCAAGGGUGCCUCACAACAGGUCGACGAGGAUGGCCGCCCCAAAAUGGAAAAGUACAUCAUCCGCAAAGCCUUCGAUAUCGCACCCAACGGCAAGCCAUACCUGCCUCGGUCCAUCCUGUGGAGACAGAAGGAGCAGUUCUCGGACGGCGUCGGCUACUCCUGGAUAGACGGAAUAAAGGCCAACGCCGACAGCGUCAUCUCCGACGACGUCUUUGAAAAGAGGCACGAGCGCUGGGCAUCGGACGUGCCCGACACGAAGGAGGGCUACUACAUCCGCGACGUCUUCGAUGGCCUCUUCAUGUCCGAAGCUGCGUCCCAGACCGCCGUCCGGUGGAUUCCGCGGGGAGACUGGGGCUGCGCUGCAGACCCUAGCGGGAGAAGUGUCAGCAUACACAACGCGGCGUAUGAACCGAGCCAAGUCGAUCCAAAAGCGGCAUAAUAUGGUGGUACAGUCAAUGUCUAGACCAAGUAUAGAUUAUUAAGAAAGGGUUGAAGAGAGCAAGCCGGAUCCGAUGGUUCGAGCAAGAGAGUGACGACGAAGGUAGGGCGUAGGAAAUGGAAACAUGUUUACGAGUAUGAGCACGUUGCGAGCGAAGCGCGGGGCAAAGAUGAGGGAGUGUGGGCACGAUACCUGUGCCUGCAGAGCGGCGGCGGCAAAAAAGAAAAGAAAAGAUGUGAAAACAUUCGUAUAGCGAGAGCAUGCAAAGAAUAGGUACGGUACGGUAUUGCAGAACAUAUAACAAGAGUACUUAAUGUCAUAAACCGAGAGGAAGAGGCAAUCGAUAGAGGCAGGAACGGGAACAUUGCAAGCAUGGAGAAGAUGGCGAUACCAAGGUCUGAGGGGGGGAUGGCACGAGGCGCGGAAGGAGGAGAGCUCAGAAAUUCCGGU